UGAGCGAAGCUCCUUCAUACAUUUGCCGUCCGUGCUUGGAUCAACAUACUUGUUGUUUUCGCCAUCCUCCGCAUCUGGUAGCAGGCCACCUGGUUUACAAAACCAAAAAAAGCCCUUAAACAACGCAAGAAGGCCGAACGAGAUGGGGAAGAGAGGAAAUAACAGCAAGAAACGCCGACGUACGUUUGCCGAAGGUGGAAAAGGGCCAAAGAGAAAAUUCCCCGUUGACAAAGCGGAAGACGACAAUGCAAAAGAGGAUGGAGGCGUUCCAGCAUGGGACCACCUUCAAGAUGAGCCGAUCCUCAGGAUCUUCUUCCUCCUCCCUUUGCAGGACCUCGUCAGGACAUCGGUCGUUUGCAGACGCUGGCAUCGUUUGGCGUUUGAUGAAUCGCUGUGGCACGGUGUGGACUUGCAGGGGGUGAUCCGUACGGGUCUAGCGCUGGAGCAGGUGCUGAAGACGGACGGGCGUGCGCAGGUUAAGCUGCCCUGGCGUGCACAUAGACGCCAGAUACUUAAGGAACAUGUGCAGACUGAAGAUUACUGAAAUGGACCUGUCCAUGACCGAAAUCAACACAAACACCCUUGAGAGGAUCAUCGGUUGCUGUACUCGUUUGGAGUCUCUCAGUCUGUCUGGCAUGAAGCUCUCCUGCGCAAUUCUCCUGGGUCUGUCCUAUAAUCGGCGCCUACGGCAGCUCAACCUGAGCGGAUGCCACGGCUUCGCUGCGCCCUCUCUCGGCCGCACGUUACGAUCUUGCUCCAGGUCCCUUCUUCGUCCGGCUCUCCACCGACCUUCCGCCGCGAGCAAAACACAAUCUUCAUCUUCAUCUUCAUUUACUCGUUUGUCUCCUUCCUGCAGAAUACAACAUUUGAACAUGUCAGGCUGCCCCUUCAACCAUCCCAUUGCGAAAAGCAUAUUCAAUAAUGUGAGCUCCACUGUUACAGCCCUCGACCUCAGUGGAAAAUAUUGCUACUCCUCACUAGAUGAUUUGAAAGCCUCGGUGAAGAGAUGUCCUGAUAUUCGCACGCUACAUUUCAAUAACAACUGGAGAAUUACCAUCGAGUUCUUGGCCGUGCUCUCCAAGCUCCAACAUCUGAAGUGUCUGGCCUUGAACGGCUGCCUCGGCCUUGACCUUGCCGCCAUCACCGAUAUCAAAGAGACAUUCCCCUUGCUGAAGUACCUAAGGGUGAUCCCCUGCUGCACAUAUCAGAGAGAUGUCUUCCUUGGAGGAGGCAAACCUCGGCGUUACCGUCAACCUCUUCUCUUCAUUUGUCAUCGCCUCCCCCAAGCAGCCACGCGAAAGUGUUGGCGACCUCAGAAUGUGGGACAGAAAAAUUCGAUUGAGGUUCACAUCAAGGCCUCUCGCCCGAAUAUGGCUGGUAUAGGCUGCAGCACGCCCGCGACCUGCGUGAGAAGCGAUUCAGGAAAUGGAUGGAUGGAAAUUGCUUCUCUAGAAAUUUAGACUUUACACCGAUCUGAUCGGUUUGAUCGGUCCCCGCCGAUAAUUAACAUUUUAUGCUAUCUCGGAAGUUUUUGUCAGGGGGAAAAAAAAUGUGCGGUGUCCCAGACGGACAACACGUAAGUUAUUGCAGUCUGCAAAACUGAAGUACAUCGUCUGGAACUGUCAUCUAAAUGCUUCAACACAACAAGUUAGAAUGUACACGAGGAGGAGCGUGGAGAAGAGUAAGCAUGCCCUUGACAGUAUUUGUAAAGUAAUUGAAUUGGAAUAAGUUCGCACCCAGUGCCAAUCCUUGAGUGCGCCCGAGAGGUCAUUGAUGUUUUAACUUUUACUCACUCUGCAUACUGUACAGUACUGAAGUUUAUCCAAUCAAUGAACAAGUCAUGUAAAUGGACCAGUGAUUUCCAACUUUUCUGGAGCCAAGGCACAUAUUUUACAAUUGGAAAAUCUGACGGCACACCAACAAACAAUGUCACUUGACAUCUUGAGGGCACGAAAGACCGUGGUUAUAUGUUAUACUUUUUGGACGCAUAGUCCACACACAAGCCAUCGGUCGUACAAAACCGGGACUACAGUUUUAUUUUUUUUACGCAUGCGCACUUUUACACUUCAGAAAACAUUUCAGUGUAAGAGCUUUGACAAAUCCGAACAACCCCAACUUGUUCUUUCACUGGACUGUACCAUUAAAAUGCUAAUACUUCACAUUCCAAACAAAUAACUUUUUCAAUCUGCAACCAUGUCUUCUGUUGAACAAUACUCCGUUCUUAUCACUUUCAGAAUCAGAAUCCUCUUUCUUUGCCAAGUAUGUCCAAAACACACAAGGAAUUUGUCUCCGGUAGUUGGAGCCGCUCUAGUACGACAGACAGUCAAUUUACAGAACACUUUGGAGACAUCAAGACAUUGACAAAAAACAAUUGUGCAAAAAGAUGCAGAGUCCUCUAGCACUUAGAGCAGUUCGAACGACUAAUAUUGCAAUAGUCCGGUGCAAUGACCAUUGUGCAAAGGGCGCUGAGACUUCAAGGAGUAUGCGGUUUAAAGGGUGGGUAGGGGGGUACCGACAAUCCUUUCAGCAGUUUUGAUUGUCGGUUGCAGUCGGAGUUUGCCCUUUUUUGUAGCAGCACCAAACCAGACUGUGAUUGAAGAACACAGGACCGAUUCGAUGACCGCUGUGUAGAACCGUCUCAGCGGCUCCCGUGGCAGGCCGCGCUUUCUCAGAAGCCGCAGGAAGUCCUCUGCUCGGCCUUUUUGAGGACGGAGUUGAUGUCGGUCGCCCACUUCAGGUCCUGAGAGAUUGUAAUUCCCAGGAACUCGAAGGUCUCGACGGUUGACGCAAGGCUGCUGGACAACGUGAGGGGCAGCCGUGGCGAAAGAUGCCUCCCGAAGUCCACGAUCAUCUCUACCGUCUCGAGCGUGUUCGGCUCCAGGUCGCGUCGGCCGCACCGCGGCUCCGGCCGCUCCGCUUCCUGUCGAUAUGCGGACUCGUCACCGUCCUCGAUGAGGCCGAUGACAGCGGUGCCAUCUGCAAAC